UCUGCCCUGCAGCGCUGCAAGGACCGCUUGAACUCCCUCGCUAUCUCCGUCAUGAACCAAUGGCCAGGGGUGAAGCUCCGGGUGACCGAGGGCUGGGACGAGGACGGGCACCACUCAGAGGAGUCCCUGCAUUAUGAGGGCCGAGCCGUGGACAUCACAACCUCGGACCGGGACCGGAACAAGUACGGCAUGCUGGCUCGCCUGGCCGUGGAGGCAGGGUUCGACUGGGUCUACUACGAGUCCAAGGCGCACAUCCACUGCUCCGUCAAGUCAGAGCACUCGGCUGCUGCCAAGACGGGUGGCUGCUUCCCAGGGCGGGCACUGGCGACUUGUCUGCACGGCCGCGAGGGUUCGGGAGAGGAGCUGCGGGAUGUGGAGUGCGAUGCUCUUCCCCAGCCCCGGACAAGGCGGCUGGAGGGGGUGGUGCUGGUGCCGAGCCUGGAGAGGCCGCGGGCGCAAUACGAGCUGUGA